AAAAAAAAUAAUCAACCCUCUCGAAGGCGACUCGGGGCGGGGGAGGGGGGAAGCGUACGACAGAAAGAAUCCACCGUUCGAUGGCUGGGCCGGCCAGCCGGAGAUUGAUUAGCACCAACAGACCAAUUUUCCGUUGUGCUUGGUCAGGCCAUGGUGCAAAAAGAUGUACAAUGUAAACCAAGCUAAGAUUCAAAUUCAAGAUCAAAGCACAUGCCUUUGUUGAGUGGGAGUGCGAGUUCAUGGAUUACUGGUACGCGAUAGAUGUUAUUGAAAAGUGCACCUCUGUCGUACUACAGGGCACUACAUGCUUCCUUGGUCUUGGCCAACUCUCACGGCCCUUCUCGUUGGGCCGCAUUGAUCCAGGGCUACGUCAAUAAUAAGAGUUACAGGAAUGCUCUUCUAGUCUUUGCAGAGAAGCAGAGUCUCAAUUUAAGAGUAUCUCAUCAUGCCAUCAUUCCCUUGGUACUCAAAGCCUGUGCUGCUCUGUCCUUUGCUUUUUCGGGAAAGACUAUCCAUGGGGAUCUCCUCAAGUCAGGAACGGGGUGCAACCUGUAUAUCCAGACCGCUCUCGUCGAUAUGUACUCGAAAUGCAAAUUUCUUGUUGAUGCCCGGAGAAUAUUCGAUGAAAUGUCUCAAAGAAGCGUUGUGUCUUGGAAUGCAAUGAUUGGUGGAUAUGCAAAGAAUGGUGACAUGGGGAGUGCUUUGGAGCUUUUCGAGUUGAUGCCCGAGAGGAGCUCAGUUUCGUGGACGGAGAUGAUUGAUGGGUAUGCGAGAAUUGGGGAGACUGCAAUGGCUAGAAAGCUUUUCGACCAAAUGCCAGAGAAGAAGAGCGUUAUCACUUGGACUGCAAUGGUUAAUGGGUAUGCGAGGAAUGGAGAAAUGGAAGCAGCUAGGGAGAUUUUCGAAGAAAUGCCUGAAAGGAACUUCUUUGCAUGGAGCUCGAUGGUGUUUGGGUAUUGCAAGUGUGGGAAUGUGAUUGAGGCUAAAUUGCUCUUUGGUCGGAUGGAGGAGAGAAAUUUAGUGAACUGGAACACGUUGCUUGCCGGUCUGACACAGAACGGAUGGUGCGAGCAAGCACUUGAUGUUUUCCAGGAAAUGAGGGCAUCGGGCGUCAAGCCAGAUGGAGUGAGUGUGGCAAGUGCACUUUCAGCUUGUGCACAGUUAGGUUCACUAGAAAUGGGGAAAGAGAUCCAUCUUUUGGUCGAACAAAUAGGAGUCAGAUUGAACCAGUUUGUGUCGAAUGCACUCAUUGAUAUGUAUGCAAAGUGUGGGGAUAUUACAAAGGCGAGACAACUGUUCAAUGAAGCACCCGAGAAGAACGAGGUGUGCUGGAAUUCCAUGAUAUCUGGUGUAGCCAUUCAUGGUCAUGUUGAAGAGGUUUUGGAACUCUUUGGUCAGAUGAGGUUGCAGGAAGUGGAACCAAACAGGUUGACCUAUUUGGCUGUGCUUUCUGCUUGUGCCCAUGCUGGAUAUGUCCAGGAAGGCAUGGAACUGUUUGCAUCCAUGCACAAGAAUCACAAGAUUACAGCAGGAAUCGAGCAUUACGGUUGCAUGGUCGAUCUUCUUGGUCGCGCAGGUCUGCUUGAAGAGGCAUAUGAAUUUAUCAACAGCAUGCCCAUGAAGCCAAACUCUGUAAUAUGGGGAGCCAUGCUUGGAGCAUGUAGAGUGCAUAUGAACAUGGGGUUGGCACAGAAGGUUGUGGAGAAGGUAACAACAGAACAAUGUGGUGAUGAUGCGCGUUAUGUUCUUCUGUCAAACUUGUAUGCAGCCUCUGCUCAAUGGGAAGAUGCUGAGAAAAUGAGGAUAAUGAUGGCAAAAAAUCAGAUUGAGAAGGUACCUGGCCACAGUUCCAUCAUGGCCUCUAGCAAUGUUGAAUAUCAGUUUCUUUCUGGUGCUCAUUCUGAAUCUCAAACUCGUCAACUAUAUGUAGGGAGAUGACCAGUGUAUGCUUUUAUAUAUGAACAUCUAUUAAUAUCUUUGGUAUGUA